GUUUUCAAAAUGUCAUCGUCGUACAUACAAAUGUCAAAUAUUUGACAAAUCGGCAAUGAUUUCGUGGCUGAAAACAAAUCGCGGCCUAAAAUAUUAAUUAAAUUGCUGUAUUAAUGUUAAAUUUAGACUAGAAUCUGCGAAUAUAACAGAUAAAGAUGGGUGUAGCAAUAAGCAGAUAUUCGGAGCUGUCUUCCAAUGAGCUACUGACAAGGUUCUGUUCGUCCGAGGUCAUCUGCCCUAAUGAUCCGUUCUGGAACCAGUUGCUCGCCUUUAAUAUAAAUCCACCGAGUAGUGCCGAUGAACAGUUAAUGUUCGAUGGCAGCACGGAGGCUUUACUUCAGAAGUUCCUGCAGAACAACCCUCAGACCGGCAACCUUGGAUCCCUGGUGCAGGUGUUCAUCACCAGGGCUACUGAACUGCUGGCAGCUCCCAAUAGUGACAAUGUGAUGCUAGCAUGGCAGACCUUCAACGCUCUGUUCGUGAUUCGAGCUGUCAGCAAGUACCUGGUCGAAAUGGUGCCUGAGUAUGAACUGUGCAGGCAUUUGGACGUGCAAGCUGAACGGAGGGUCGGCAAUGGACCCGUUGAGACCAUCACAAGAGACCUCCCCAUCACCGCUGGCGACCCCACAAGUCCUGAAGCCCCGGAGCCUCCCACGUCCCCUAAAUUGACUGGCUCUGAGAGCCGGGUGGAAAUGCUCAUUGAUGCACUCAUUGGGCUUAUCAUUGAUGUUCCUGUCACUGACAACACAUACUACCUACACUUGGAAUGCAUCAACACCAUGCUAGUUCUCAUGUCGGUGUAUAUGUUCGCUGGAGUCCACGGACAAACGCGUCUUGUGGACACCUCGCUGAUUUACAGAACGUUAUUCCAAGGCCGUUACGGGAUGCACGCCCCGCUACUAGUGAAGACUUUACUGAACAAUCUAUCAAGCAUGUUACCUGCUCCUCCGAGCAUGUUUGGAGCUCAUGCUGCGGGUGGCAGUCUGCUUAUUAAUUUGGCUUCCGGCCUCUGGAACAUGAUAACCUUCAACACAGCCUCCCGACAAACAAUCUACACGCACCCCUCUAGACAGGCAGGAGUUACAAGAGCGAGUCAAAAGGAGCACCCUGUAGCUAACCAGUCGUGCCUCCUUCUGCUGACGUUGGCUAACCAUUGUAUGAACGAUGAUAACUUGUAUAGAAAUGCUCUGCUGUGCUGUGAGGAUACUGCAGAAACAUCGGCCCCGACGCCGCAGCGGGAAUCAAACGGUGGACCACAGCUGACUCCUCCUAGAAUCGACAUGGCUGCCCUACACAAGGCUCUAUGCGCUACAGCGGGUUGCGAGCACUCAACGCUACUCCUAUAUUUAAUGCUACAUUCGUGCAACACGUACAAACGACAUAUAAGCAAUGUGGCGCAGAUUGAUCAGUUGAUAGUGCCGAUCCUACAAGUACUAUACAACGCGCCGGAUAAUAACGCUCAUCAUAUAUACAUGUCGCUAAUAGUGCUGCUUAUAUUGACUGAAGACGAUGCGCUUAUCAAAAUGCUGAUUUUGAUUAUACUAAUUACUGAAGUUUUGUCCACAGAUGUUAAAAAUCUAACCUGGUACACAGAGAGAGCAAUUUCAGAGAUAUCUCUAGGCGGUCUGAUGGUGCUAGUAAUACUACGAGCGUUACAAUACAACAUGGUGCGAGUCAGAGACAAAUAUCUGCACACCAACUGCCUAGCCGCCAUCGCUAACAUGAGCUGUGAAUUCAGGAAUCUACAUCCGUACGUGGCCCAAAGGUUAAUAUCGCUGUUUGAGACUUUAACUAAAAGAAGAGCGAGGCUUUGGAACGAGGUUGAAGGUGGUGAUUUAAAUAACGUGGACUUACCUCAUCACACAGAAGAGAAGACAGAAGAAAUGAUGGACCACAUAUCAGUACUCGACGAAGUCCUAAGGAUGCUACUAGAGAUAAUAAACUCUUGCGUCGCUCAUCAACUGACAAAUAACUGCAAUGUAGUGUACGCGUUGUUACACAAGCGACAUCUAUUUACUCAGCACACGCAUCAUCCAGUUGCGCAGAAUAUUGAUAUGGUCAUAGGUUAUUUUUCAACGCGUUUGCAACGCGUGCAGGGAGCGGGCGGUGAUUUGGGCGUCACCGAGGUAUUGCAGUGCAUUAAGAAAGGAGCUGAGCAGUGGUCUAGCGAUAGACUAAAGAAAUUCCCCGACCUAAAAUUCCGUUACGUCGAAGAAGAAAGACCAGAGGAAUUCUUCACUCCCUACGUUUGGAGUCUCGUGAGCUCCUGUGGCGGGGUCUACUGGGCCAGUGAGGGGGCGAGGGCUCUGGGAGACCUCCUCGCCUGCUGAUCGACGAACUGUGUAAUAUAUGAUGUCGUGGUCAAGACGCUUAUGUGCCGAUGGGGAUGAACGAUGAAAUAUAUGUAUUGUAUUGUAAAUUGGUUAAUAAAUUGUUACUGUAACAGUUACUUGGGUAACAUUUUUGGUUAGUUGAGUAACUUACUAAAUAAACGCAAAAAGUAAAUUAUGCUAAAUAAUUUUUAGUCACAAUUUUUUUCUGUAUUUUUGCCUAUGAUGAACUAUGUCGACGAUACCCGAUAGAUGUUAUUUAACGCCCGCUUUUGGUGCAUGGCAACACAAAAUCAAAAUGGCGGCGCUGUCAUGAAUAUCUAACUAAUUUAGUGGUUAUACUAUUUUACUUCCUUUCCGCUAUUGUAAUAUUUAUUCAAAAUUUUAUUUUAUUUUGUUAUAUGUAAUAGUAAAAUUAUGGUAUAGAAUUUUCUGAACUUGUAAUGUGACAAUAUGCUAGCUGCUAGAUAUUUUGAAAUGUUUUAGAACUCUAUAGAAAUUAACUAUUGCUUUGUAAUAAGUUUAUUAUCUAUACAUAUGUAUUUAAUUAAAACAAAUCGAUGAGCUAUAAAUAUUAUACUAGUAAAUUUCUACACUGUGAAUUACUAUUAGAGUGACUAUUUAUAAUUUAUUUUAUAAAUAAGAACUCAGAAAUUUACUUAAAAAAUACAUUUUGAAAACUCACACAUUUGCUUUAUGGCAACCUCUAUAAAAUUAUUUAAUAUAAAGCUACAAAAAUAUAAUUAACUUUUGCAGAUACUGCAAAUUAUUGCAUUCCUUGGUACAUGAAAAACUUGGCUAAAGAAUAUUAUAAAUAUAUUAAUUGAUCUCUCUCCGGUGGUGUCGGAUUGCCGUCCCAUCGUGCCAUGAGAGUGAAGGAAUAGUGAGUGCACCUGUGUCUACGCAAAUGCUCGUGCACUAUAAUAUAUCCUGCGCAGCUGGCUGAUCUCUUUCUACAACAGCCGACAUUAUUGUUGAGUUCAAAAUCAAUUCAAUUAUUUUAGUUUUUAAUUACAAUAUGUCUGAAUUCCAAUGUUAAUCGCGUAGUAUUUAUAAAAUCAUAGCAUUUGUGUUGUUUUAAUCAUCUUCAUAUUGUAUACAAAUCUUUUUCAUUUACAUGUUUUUUAAUGUAUGUACCUACAAAGUUCAUUUAUUAGAUUUUUUGUUUUAGAGUAAAACUCAUUAAUUUGAAAUAACCUGUCUUCCUUAAUACAAGAUUGUGAAAAUUCAAACGAAUGUAUUUGUAUGCUUAUCCUUUGUAACCUAUUUAGGUUUGUAUCCCACACACCCGUAACUUAUA